AUGUCCAAUCCUCUUUCUCCGCUGGCGGAUUCCCAGCAGAAUUCGCGAGCUCCUUCGUCAAACUUUGAGGAUGCCAGGGAAAAGCUUGGAGGCUCUGAUAGUCCAAUGACUGCUAGUCUCGAGAUAGAGAAUCCGCUUUUCAGUCCGAAGCGAAUAUUGAACACUGAGAUUCGCCAGAGUUUUGGUCACGAUGGUGCAGGUUGCGAGACACGGGCUGAAGGAAAUGAAGACGUAUUAUCCGUACGCGAUCUCCAGAGCUCACCCUUUCGACCCGAUGGAAGAGAUGAUACGGUUGAUAUUCAGAUGCUACGAAGAUAUCAAACGUUGAAUAACGCCACGACUCCGAUGAAGCGGUCUUACGAUCAGGCACCCGAUAUUCAUGAUAUCGAAGGUGAAGAGAAUGAUAGGCACAAAAGAUCGGCACCUCAAAAUAACGCUCGAGACAUUGAUAUUUAUGUUGACGAGGAUUCAAGGUUCAGUCACGACCAGAGCGCACACGAAGGUAUGAGUACAGUCCUUCGCGAGGAAGAUGAAGAAACUUCUCCAAAAGAUGCCGACGAGACAAAUGACGCCACGAUUGACGACGAGGACAUCCACGAUCCUAUGGACGACACCUGCUUUAGUACGUUCUCCGCAGUCCCCAAUGUGGAUAUGACGGCCUUUGCAAACCUGCGCGGGGGUUCUCCGUUCAAAAGCCCACGACCCCUACCGGAUUUCCCGGUUGACGCAGACGCCGGCGAUAGCAAGCCAGCGACUCCAUCGCCAAAGGAAUCAUGGACAAUCGUCAACAUGAGCUCUCCUAUUGGCUCGCCCACUCCCAGAAAAAGAGAAAUAGAUGAACCGAAACCAAGCGAUACUCCAAACUUGCUUGAUUUUACCGAUAAUAUCGAUCUUUUCCCUCGUCGCCAGAGAUACAUCAUGCAGCAACAGGACAGGUACUCGCCAUCGCGACGUUCGCCUUUGAAGAACCCAAGAUCACCUGCAAAGACAAGUCUCUUGGAUUUUGAUAUUCCUGCGGCUCCUACACCUCGAUCCAUCCCGACUGUGACCCCUCGAGAGCUAGAGACUCUGAAAUCGAACUUUCUGUCAGAAAUCUCCUCCCUCAAGGCCACCCUUAGCGGAAAAGAAGCCGAAGUUUCCAGCCUCAAGAAAGCCGUUUCAGACGCAGAACGUCGCGUUGGUGAGGCACUGGAAGAGGUUCGUAAUGAAGCUGCCCGUAAGGAGACCCUGGAGAUUGAACAGGCGGGGUGGCAGCGAAGGGGCCGGGAAAUGGAAGACGUGCUGCGGACUGUCAAGGCAGAUAUACUCGAGGGGGAACAGGAGCGGGAGCGCUUACAGAAGAAGAAUGAUGAGACUGAGAAACGCAAAGAUCAGCUUGAACACCGCAUAGUCGAACUCGAAUCUCAACUCACUGCAGCCCGCAAGUCUGCGGUAUGUGAACAUAUGGCAUCCGAAACAUCCGAAACCGCUAUCCGGCCAGCAAAGACAGCUGAAGAGACAGCAAAGGAGAUCCAGGAUGCAGUCGAAAAAGUUGCUCGUGACCUCCACUCCCUGUACAAGGAAAAGCACGAGAUCAAGGUUGCGGCUCUCAAAAAGAGCUACGAGGCACGCUGGGAGAAACGUCUGCGUGAAGUCGAGAAGAAGCUCAAGGCUGCGAACGAGGAAUGUGAGCAGAUCAAGACCGAACGUGAUGCCGCGUUGCAAGAAUCCUCACGCACUGAUGCCAGCGUCAUCGCCCAUGGGAAUGAAGAGCAUGAAUCGGAGAAGCAUGUUCUUCUGGCGCAAAUCACGGCUCUUCAGCAGGAAAUCACAACUCUCAAGGGGGAUGCGGAGCAGUUGCGUGCCGACCUCAAGGCGGAACGAACGGAAAAGGGCGAUCUCGUCGCUCUUGUGGAGGAGUGGUUGUCAAUGCAACCCCAGCAACCUGCUCCAUCGCCACCGUCAAUCAAGAAUGAGGAGAUGACGCCGGAGCCUGUUCACGAACAACUUCCUCCAGCUGAAGAUGUUGAACAUAAAAUUACCCGCGGCAGCUCCAGUGGACUCCGUGGCCCAAGCUCAAGCUCCAGCUCUACAUCUAGCCACGGUGAGAAGAGAAUCCCAAGAUUCGGCGCACCGGCAGGUCGGCAUGUGCGAGGGACCAGCGCCGGCAAGUCCGGCAUUGCUGUUUUUACGCCCGGUCGAAGUGGCAUCAUGGGCUCGAUUGAGCGAAUGGGCCGUGGCGGUGCCGCAUAA